UCUGGCAGUUCGAUGCGCAUGUACAGUAUUCCGGUCUCCAUGGUGGUGUUCGCGAAAGCCAAGACGAGGACAUAUGGAAAUGGAGAACAAUGAAUUACAGCAGAAUGCAGUGUCACCUCCCGCAGACUUGUUGAUAACAUGCAGCAAUACAGAGGAUGCACCGCUUCAGGACGCUGCAAACCAGCAGGUAUCAACCUUGACUGAGGAGUACCAUUUUAUAGACCAAGAUGGGCAAUCCAUCCAUUAUGAGAUUCAGGGCCUUCAUAGCACCGGCCCUCAGAUGAUGAUCUUGACCAGCGAAUCAGAAAAUGGACAAGUGUUCCAUGUCAUUCCUUCCAGCCAAUCAGGAACAGCUCAGCUGAUUAUUCCUCAUGGGCAGAUACAGGGCUUCCAGGACCACUUAGAACAAAGCAACGAGCACCAGCAGUGUCCAGCAGACAAUGCAGUGCCGGAGAACACUGGCAGCUUUAUUAUCCACUCAAGCGCACCACUGACCAUGUGUAAGAAGGCUCCCAAUGGGUCUCCAACAGACCUGUUUCAGAGGCCACUGCCACCAUUGCCACCAAAUAUCCCUGUCUGGGCUCGUCGACUUCGGGAUUGUGAGAGAAUAGGAGACUCUUUCCGAGGUUAUUGUCUAAGCGAGGCUGAGCUGAGAAGUAUAUUAGCACAGCACAAACAGCAAACACAGAGCGUUUGGGGAACACGCCAAUCUCCGAGUCCAGCCAAACUAGCCACUCGGCUAAUGUGGAAGUCGCAGUAUGUCCCAUAUGAUGGAAUUCCUUUUGUUAAUGCAGGAAGUAGAGCGAUUGUUAUGGAAUGCCAGUAUGGGCCAAGAAGAAAAGGAACACAGCCUAAAAAAAAUGGGGAGAGUGAAAGUUUAUCAGGGCAGAUCUACAAAGCAACCUGUCCAGCAAGAAUAUAUAUUAAAAAGGUAAAGAAGUUUCCUAUUUAUAGAGUUCCCACUGAUCCCAAGAUCGACAAGAAGUUGAUUAGGAUGGAGCAGGAAAAAGCCUUCAACAUGUUGAGGAAGGAUAUGGAUGGAAUUGACGGUGUGUUAAGGUGGUAUGUACAGUUACCGAAUCAGGAUGCGCAUCAGUAUCACAAUCUAGAGACUGGUUGCUUUUCUCCCUCCCCGUCCCCAUUCCAACAGGCUGCAGAGGAAGAGGAAGAGAUUUUAUGUGAAGAGAACUCUAUCCAGCCCUCUCGUCUGCAUCCUCGAGUGGCAGAAAAAAUUCGAGAACUGGUAGCUUGCGGAAUCGAUGAAGUUUAUUCUGUCAGGAAACAACUACGGAAAUUUGUGGAGAGGGAGCUUUUCAAACCAGAUGAGAUCCCUGAACGUCACAACGUGUCCUUCUUCCCAACAGUAAAUGAUCUGAAGAAUCACAUUCACGAAGCACAGAGAUCCAUGGGAAAUGGAGAACUAAUCUAUGAUUCAGACACCAUUCCUGGAGCAGUGAGAGAGUUCAACUGGACUUCAGAAAGUGGAAAUGUCCUUAAUGAAAUGGUUACAGUUACAUUUGAUUCAACAUCCCAGGAGGAACAAGAAUCUUUGAUUAAAGGUGAAGAUUCCCCAUCAGAAGAUGUCACCCAAAACACUGUUCAGCUGAUCUCAUCGCUUACGUCUCUUCAGCCCAAAAUUUUUGCACAGCUUCAGGGACUUCAACUACAGCCUACAUUUACAUCCCCUGAUGGACAAACUGCCCUCAUCACACUGAACCAGCCAGCCUCAUCCUUUACUUCACCCGAGGGAACAACGGCUGUGAUAACAGUGAGUCCAACGACCCCUGUUAAUGCUAGUUGUCUCCUGAACAGUGGAGGGAACAGCCAGCCUCUCGUUCUUAGUCACUUGCACAGCCAGCAAAAUGACUCACCUGUGUCUUCUGUGGUUACUUUGCCUGACUCGGCAAAUAACCUGGUCAGUAUGGGACAGCUGGUAACAGUGGAGGAUGGAGCUGGAGUGACAGGAGAGGUGCAUCAGAUUCUGCUGGGGGAGAUACACUCAAUUCCUAUCCAGAUUGUUGAGAGUCAACCUACUAUAGUGGAAGUAAAUACAGUUAAUACAUUUGGCACUGAUGGUACAGAAAAAGUCCAUGAAGAGGCCUGUGGAAAGCAGCUGUCCACUGCACAUGACAAAAGUGUACAAAGUCAGGAUCCUGCGUGAGCCAUGAAUGGACACAGCUAUAGCUUUCCUCUUACUGCAUCAUUUAUUAAAGAAGCACAGUUAUGUAAGAUCCCUCAUAUUGAGGGUUAUUUCCGCAUGAAACAUUGGUGGUCCAAAAUGUGGGUACAUCAAUAUAUUUACUCAUGCUACCCAGUAACUAGCU